AUGCCGGCCUCUUUGCUCUCCCGCGCGGAGCCCGAGCUCCUCGUGCUCUUUGCGCUGCUGGCUGGAAUUCGGGGUGACUGUGGAAUUCCUCCAAAAUUAAACAAUGUCGUCCCUCAGAGAUAUCUUCAGACAGAGAGGUUCCCUACUGACACAGUAGUAGCCUACAUAUGUCUACAUGGUUUCUAUAAUGUCCAUGGGAAAACAGAUGUUACAACAUGCCUUUCAAAUUCACAGUGGUCACCCAUAGAAGAUUUUUGUAAAAGCAGUUGUCCUGAACCAUUCAUUUUUAGAUAUGCUCAUCCAAAGCCAGAGGACUCGGGGAACACUUACUAUCCACCUGGGACCAAUGUGACCUAUGUCUGUAGCCGAGGAUACGACAGCAUCCCUGGAAUGAGUCCUGUUAUUAUUACAUGUUUCCAGAAUAACACUUGGUCAGAAGUCCCUGUUUUUUGUAAAGGAAAAUCAUGUGGUGAUCCAGGAAAACCACAAAAUGGCAGAGCUGUUAUUAUAACUGAUCUCCUGUAUCGAUCAAAAGUAAAUUUCACCUGUGAUGAUGGGUACCGAUUAAUAGGAUCCCCUUUUACCAAGUGUUUAAUGAAGAAUAAUACUGUCAAAUGGAACAAGGAGACUCCAGAUUGCCAGCCAAUCACUUGCUCUUCUCCUCCAUACAUCACUGAUGGCACUCAUGAUGGAGGAGCAAGUACUGAGAAUUUCCCCUAUAACUCAACAGUAACUUACAAAUGUAAAAAUGGCUUUUCACUUAUUGGAGAGGCUUCUAUUCAUUGUACAACUGAAGAUAAAGUAAGAGGAAUCUGGCAUGGCCCUGCUCCUGAAUGUAAAGCCAUGACUACGCUUACCGCACUCUCACCUUCUACCAGUCUCGAAGUAGAGAAACGUAUUUCUUCAGCUGAAGAAUUAUUUCAAAGCAAGCUGGCACAAAGAGCGCUGGAUUCCGCGGGACCGAAUAAGCAUCCUAUUAAGCGGAGAGUGCGGCUAGGCUCGCGCCCAGCGUUCAGGGCAACUUGGCGGUUUGCUAAUCCAGUCUUCUGCCAGAAACAAGCAAGCGCGCCUCCGACCAUCGCAACGCGCAGGCGCGUACGCUUGGAAGCUUCGUAA